AUGCUCGCGCCCGCGCUCGAGACCAUCAGGAUCCGGGGAUGCUUUGGCCUGCUCCGCCUUCCGACCAUGGCGGCGCGCGAGCCAGGCGUGAAGAAGACGACCGUCGAGAUCGAGAAGGACGUGUGGGACUCGCUGGAGUGGGACGGGCUGGCCGCCGGCCACCACCCCGACCUCUUCGAGCAGCCCGCGCACUCGCGCUACUACAGGCGGAGCCGUCUCCUCAGAGGCACCGUGCUCAGGUACGUUCAUUCUUAA